AAGAAUUGAAAUAACCAGCUUUGGGGGGAAACGAUUAACUUGAGGAUAAUUUGUGAAUGAAGACCCACAGCAUGUUCAGAAGAUCCAGCAAAGUUGCAAUGGACACUCAAGUCACUAAGAUGGACUUUGUAACUUUUGGUUGUUUGCAAUGAUGUGCCUUUAAACUUUAUAUCACAAUUCAUGCCCUUCAUACUACAUAAAUUAUAAAAUAAUACAAUCGAAGCAACAUGUCAAAAAACUUGGAGAUUAUCAAUUUGUCAUUUUUACUGGAACAUGAGAGGGAAAUGAUACUGGGAGUGCUGAAGAGAGACGAGUAUUUGAAAAAAAUUGAAGAUAAAAGAAUCAGAAAACUGAAGAAUGAGUUACUGGAAGUCAAAAAGAAAGGUGGACGGCGUUACCAGGAAGACGACAGCAGGGUCUGCAUUCGGUGUCGAAAGAAUUUGGGCUUAAUCUUUGAUAGAGGGGAUCUCUGCCAAGCAUGUGGACUCAGAGUUUGCAACAAAUGUCGUAUUGUGGGAAUUGGUGGCAACUGGAAAUGCACAGUGUGCGAUAAGAUUGCGCAGCUUAGGAUAGUAACAGGUGAAUGGUUUUUUGAAGAGAGAGCAAAGCGCUUCAAACAAUCCACCCUCCUCGGAAGUGAUGUCGUUAGAAGGUCUAUCCAACGCAAAGCCCCAGACCCUUCCUCUGAAGCUACAGAAGGAGGAAAACUCAAAGAUCAGUCUCCAGAGAGUUCAGAGGAGACGUCAAAGCAAGAUGUGCUUGCUUCCUUUUCAAGUGGGGCAAAGUCAGUCUUCAGUGGGCACAGAAAUAUUGGAGCUUUAUUCAAGUCCAAAGGAGAAAUCGCAGGUGUGAAGGCAGAAGAUGGAAGAAGCAUCAGCUCAGAUGUUGAUGUCCAGAGUAUAAAUAGUGCUGAUAGGGUGAGCACCUAUUCUCUCAAUAUGGAGGAACUGCCUGCUGGCCUGAAAGGAGCAGUUUGUGCUGCAAACCGAAGCAAUUCUUCUACUCCAGUCCAUCCAAGGUCACCGGCACUGAGCACACGCAGCAUGACUGUAGAUUAUGGCAGAGAUCCUGGAUUAGAAAAAGGCACUCCUAUACCUGCAAGUGAAAGUAUACCAGCAGAUCUAGCAAAAAAGCAUCGCAGGAAAGCAUCUGGAACACCCUCUAUAGCUGUUUCUAGGACAUCUAUGUCAUCUGAUCGCAGCAGAUCAGAGAGAGAUCUCAGUGUAUCCUUCUCAGAAGGCAAUGAGGAUACUUUAAGCUUAAGAAGUAAAUCUGUACCUGAAGCAUUGGACCAGGAGCUGGGUUACCUGGAUGAGACAGAGGAAGAUAUUGAUGACAUUGUGGCCUCUGGCUACUCAAAGAGACAUACCAAUAUGACAAGUGGAUUAUCAACAAAUUCUCCUUCAAGUUCUGACAGGAAAUGGACCUAUUUAAAUGUUCCAGAAGCAGAUGGUGACACUACCAGCAUCAAUAGUAUGACAAGUGUGUAUAGCGAAACGGGGGACUAUGGCAACGUAAAGAUCAGUGGUGAAAUUUGUCUCCAAAUUAACUACAGCUAUAAAACAGGAGCCCUCAACAUCCUGGUAAAAAAAUGCAAGAACUUGGCCAUAGCAGAUGAAAAGAAGCAAAAAACAGAUCCCUAUGUCAAAGCAUACUUACUGCCGGACAAGUCUCGUCAAAGCAAACGGAAGACAAAAAUUAAAAGCAAUAGCACUAAUCCUGAGUUCAAUGAAACACUGAAGUAUGUCAUCAGCCAUACACAGCUUGAGACUCGGACCUUGCAGCUUUCUGUCUGGCAUUAUGACAGAUUUGGGCGUAACAGCUUUCUAGGAGAAGUGGAGAUACCCUUGGACUCCUGGAACUUUGAACAUCAAGCUGAUGAAUGGUUCAUGCUUCAGCCCAAGAUGGAAGUUGUUGCUGAUACAGGUCUUCAGUACAAAGGAGAGUUGAUAGUUGUUUUACGGUACAUCCCUCCUGAGAGGAAUUUAACACUUCCCCUAGGAGAAAUUCAAGGAAAGAAGAACUCUGAGAAGGAAAAGAAGGCAAACCCACAACUGCCACCAGGAGGCAUAUUAGAAGUUGUCAUCAAGGAAGCCAAGAACUUAACAGCUGUGAAGUCAGGAGGCACUUCGGACACCUUUGUGAAAGGGUACCUGCUUCCUGACAACAACAAGGCAUCUAAGCACAAAACCCAAGUAAUAAAAAAGACUGUGAAUCCCCACUGGAACCAUACUUUCACAUUUAGUGGCUUGAAUCCUAGAGAUAUACAGAAUGUCUGCGUAGAACUCACUGUCUGGGACAAAGAGUCCCUUGCCAGUAAUAUCUUCCUGGGAGGUGUUCGCCUGAGUCGUGGAGGAGGUUUCAGUAACGGCAAAGAAGUUGACUGGAUGGAUUCUCAAGGGGAGGAGCAACUUCUCUGGCAAAGGAUGAUUGAUUGUCCUGGGGAUUCUGUGGAAGGUGUAUUAAUGCUGAGAUCUAGCAUGGGAAAGCGCAGGCUCUGAGAGGGGCUAUAUGUAGGCACAGAAAUAACUUCAGGUAUUUUGCUUGUACAAUUAAUUUCAGGAUGGUAUGAAAGCCGACCUGCCAUGGAGCAGCUCCUGGUGUAAUUUGCACAUGUAAAAUAGGGAAAACAAGGACUUUCGGUCAACUUGGACUUUCAACUCCCUUGAAACGGAUUAUAAAUGCAUUCAGCACUUUCCUGCGAUUCUUAUCAUUGUGUUUCCUACUGUGACUGAGUGGAUGGACUAAGUUCUUUUAAAAUUUUCUACAGAACCCU